UGCGCUGGCUUUCCUUUCUCCACCCCAAACCAGCAUCCUUCCAGCGCUGCGGCCAGAGACCUCCUCCUCCUGCUUCGUCCCGGAGAAGCCAAAGGAGGGGCUCCCCUGGCCUUGGUGGGCUUCCCCGCCAUGGAGUGAGGCAGGCUGCGCUAGGAAGAGCAGAGGCUCCUUCAAAGAUGGUUCGACUGCCAUUGAGACCUGGAGCUCUAAUGCCACAAUGAGGACUCACACACGGGGGGCUCCUAGUGUGUUUUUCAUAUAUAUGGUUUGCUUUGCAGUAGUCUACUGCACCAACAAAACUUGGAGCACUGUGGUUCCCUUCGUUAAUGCCAACUACGAUAGCUACCCAAUGCUCUACUUUUCCAGAGAUGAGAUGCCAGAUUUGCGAGCCAAGGCCACUACUACACACCAACACAUCGCACUGCAGUUGGUUGAAGCUGUACAGAUCAUGCUGUCAAAUCCUUUGGAAUACCUUCCUCCCUGGGAUCCCAACGACUUCAGUGCUCGAUGGAAUGAAAUUUACGGCAACAACUUGGGCGCCCUGGCGAUGUUCUGUAUACUUUAUCCUGAGAACAUGGAAGCCAUCAACAUGGCCAAAGAUUACAUGGAAAGAAUGGCGGCUCAGCCUAGUUGGUUAGUAAAGGAUGCACCCUGGGAUGAAGUUCCUCUUGCUCACUCUUUGGUCGGAUUUGCCACUGCCUAUGACUUCUUGUACAACUACCUUAGCAAGUUUCAGCAGGAGAAAUUUCUUGAGGUAAUUGCCAACGCCUCAGGUUAUAUGUAUGAAGCAUCGUAUAGGCGUGGAUGGGGUUUCCAAUACCUACACAACCAUCAGCCUACCAACUGUGUGGCCUUGUUGGCAGGAAGCCUGGUUCUAAUGAAUCAAGGUUAUCUUCAGGAAGCAUACCUAUGGACUAAGCAAGUCUUAACCAUCAUGGAGAAGUCUAUAGUUCUGCUGCAAGAAGUGACAGAUGGCUCUCUCUAUGAAGGAGUAGCAUAUGGCAGUUACACCACCAGAUCACUUUUUCAGUACAUCUUUCUUGUCCAAAGGCACUUUGACAUUAACCACUUCAACCACCCCUGGCUUAAACAACAUUUUGCUUUUAUGUAUAAGACAGUUCUGCCAGGAUUCCAAAGGACAGUUGCUAUUGCAGAUUCCAACUACAACUGGUUUUAUGGACCAGAGAGCCAGUUGGUAUUCCUGGAUAAAUUUGUUAUGCGCAAUGGCAGUGGGAAUUGGUUGGCAGAUCAGAUCAGAAGGAACAGAGUGCUUGAAGGCCCAGGGACUCCAUCCAAAGGACAGCGAUGGUGCACCCUUCACACUGAAUUUAUCUGGUAUGAUGCAAGCCUGGGUUUUGUACCUCCACCAGAUUAUGGUAUUCCAAAGCUGCAUUAUUUUGAGGACUGGGGAGUUGUAACAUAUGGAAGUGCACUGCCAGCUGAAAUCAACAGACCCUUCCUCUCCUUCAAAUCGGGAAAGCUUGGAGGACGUGCAAUAUAUGAUAUUGUUCACAGGAACAAAUACAAAGACUGGAUCAAAGGUUGGCGGAACUUCAAUGCUGGUCAUGAACACCCAGAUCAGAACUCGUUUACUUUUGCACCCAAUGGUGUACCUUUCAUAACGGAAGCUCUGUAUGGACCAAAGUACACAUUUUUAAACAAUGUGCUGAUGUUUUCUCCAGCUGCAUCAAAGAGCUGCUUCUAUCCAUGGGAAGGACAAGUUACCGAAGACUGCUCAUCAAAGUGGUUAAAGUACAAACAUGACUUGGCUGCAGACUGCCAGGGGAGAGUGGUUGCUGCUAUGGAAAGAAGUGGGAUCAUCUUUAUCAGAGGUGAAGGAGUAGGUGCCUACAACCCCAAACUAAAGUUGAAAAGCUUCCAAAGAAACCUUUUCCUUAUACAUCCUCAGCUGCUCUUGCUAGUGGACCAAAUACAUCUUGAUAAUGAUAGUCCCUUGGAAAUGGCAACCAGCUUUUUCCACAAUGUGGAUGUGCCUUUUGAAGAAACUGUGAUUGAUGAUGUCCAUGGGGCCUUUAUUAGGCAACGGGAUGGGCUGUACAAGAUGUAUUGGAUGGAUGACACUGGCUAUAGUGAAAAAGCUGUUGUCAACACAAGAAUGUAUCCCAGAGGCUACCCUUACAAUGGAACAAAUUAUGUGAAUGUCACAACUCGCCUACGUAGACCGGUCACUAGAGCUGUGUACCUCUUCAUUGGACCUUCCAUCGAUGUCCAAAGCUUCAGUGUCCAUGGGGAUUCUCAGCAGUUGAAUGUUUUCAUUACCACUGGUGAGCAUGCCUAUGCCAUCUAUUUGUGGACUGGAGAGGAUAGAAGCCGCUCUGUCUUUGCACAAGUUAUUUCAGACCGCCAGAAGGUCCUGUUUGACCGAGCUGCUUCCAUUAGAAGUUUCCCCAUAUCAGAAGUAAGAGACUAUGCAGCAGUCGUCGAACAGAACCUUCAGCAUUUCAAACCUGUUUUUCAGCAGCUAGAGAAACAGAUUUUGUCCCGGGUACGAAAUACAGACAGUUUCAGAAAAACAGCUGAACGUCUGCUAAGGUUUUCAGAUAAGAGACAGACAGAGGAGGCCAUUGACAGAAUAUUUGCAAUCUCUCAGCAGCAGCAGCAGCAAGGCAGGUCAAAGAGGAACAGAAAAGUGGCCAAAGGCUAUAAGUUCAUUGAUGCUGGCCCUGACAUUUUUGCACAGAUUGAAGUCAAUGAAAGGAAAGUUCGACAGAAGGCACAGACUUUGGCUCAAAAAGAGCUGCCUGUGGAUGAAGAUGAGGAAAUGAAAGAUCUUCUGGAUUUUGCAGAUAUUACUUAUGGGAAACACAAAAACAGUGUAUCAGUCAAAGGCCGAUUUGGCUUUGCACAGAUGUUUGCAACUGCUCGAAGUAGUGCUCCUUCAAUGUCAGCAUCUUACACCCGCCUCUUCCUCAUUCUGAACAUUGUGAUUUUCUUUAUCAUGCUUGCAAUGCAAAUCACUUGGUUUCAGAAAGCCAAGAGUCUCCAUGGCCAAAGAUGCCUUUAUGCAGUCUUGCUAAUUGACAGCUGUAUAUUACUGUGGCUGUAUUCUUCUUGUUCCCAGUCACAAUGCUAGCACAAGAAAAAAAAGGCAGGAAAAAUAGGCCAUGACUGUUAACUUGACCAUUCUGUGGUUAGAUAUGCCUAUGCAAAGCAUUAACCCUAAUAGGGCCAAAGAAUGUUUUGUUUCUUUUGUGACACAUUCCAGGAAACAGAUUGGCUUUUUGCAGUCAGAGAACAUAAGUUUUAAUGGGCAUUGGAGUUUUGGGCACAUUUCUCAGACCACCCCCUAGAUACGGGUCAAGUUGGAUUUGUCCUAUGAAUUAAUGUCUCCUUGUUCUGAAAUCCCAUGUAUGGCAUUGCAUUCCCUUCCUUAGAAACAAAAUCCCUUUUUGCUGAGUUGUUUCAUGGUGUGUGUGUGUGUGUGUGUGUGUGUGUGUGUGUUUCAAAAUUCAACUGAGAUUAAUUUAAUAUCAUCCUGGCUAUUCUCAUGUGCUACAGAGACUGGAAUGGAUGGUUGUAUGAAAGCAGUGUUCCAUUGCACUCCAAACUCUUUUAUGCAUGCCGCUGUCUAUCUUAAAGCAUUGGCACUACAGCUGCCAGUGGGGCUUUAUUCUCAUCUCAGUCAGCCUUCCAAAGAAGAUACUCUUUGCCUUGCUCCCAUCCUACCACACCAUUUAAUAUGAUGUGAAAUCAUUCUCCCUUCCAAUGUGACUUGUUAUGAGAUAGCCUAACUUAAGAUAUAAAGGUAGUAGGAGUAGCUUACAGCCCGUGGAACAUGAAGAGCUUGGUUGUGCAUAUCUUUUAAAUUAGGGUUGGGAAUAUGUGGUCCAAAAGCUUCCAGAUGUCUGCAUAGAAUGAUAGAGUCAUAGAGUGGGAAGAGACCUCAAUGACCAUCUAGCCUGCCAUGCAGGAAUACACAACCAAAACACUUCUGACAGGUGGCCAUACAGCCUCUGUUUAAAAACUUCCAAAGAAGGAUACUUCACCACCCUCAGAGGCAGCAUAUUCCACUGUCAAACAGGUCUUACCAUCAGAAAGUUCUUCCUAAUGUUUAGGUUGAAUCUUUUUUCCUUUAUUCCUUUGAAUACAUUGCUCCAUGUGCUAAUCUCUGGAGCCUCAGAAAACAGGCUUGCUCCAUCCUCAAUAUGACAUCCCUUAAAAUAUUUAAAUAUGGCUGUCAUUCACCUUCUCUUCUCCAGACUAAACAUACCCAGUUCCCUAAGCUGUUCCUCAUAGGGCAUAGCUAGCACUUGUUAUUUGAAAUGGUAGAGUAUGAUACCUUCACAGGUAUCCUUCUUGUCUCCAGUCCUUUCCCCCCAUUUAUACUGUGGUGAGGGGGAAGGAGCAACAGUUUCAUGUGAUUUGGCCAGUGCCACACACUUCUUCAGUGGGACUAAAAGCUUGCACAUGCCUAUAAAGCAAAAAACAUUCCACAUUGCAAGUUACAGAAUUAGACACCAUUAGUCCUAAUACCACAGAGAAGUCUUGUAAGACUCUCAAGUUCUUUUCAAUAGAAUCUGUUCUCAGAAAUCUGCUGCUGGUCAUCUACAAAUCCUGACUGGAGAAUUGGUUUUUAAAUUGUGUGAGAAUGCCAUCAUAGCAGGGGAGGAAGAAAUAAUAGCUGCAUAGGUCCAACCCAGUUGUUCAACUGAGAAAGAUAGGAAGCAGUCAGGAUGAAGGAAUGGGAUAUAUCUGUAUCAGUGGGUGAGUGUUGGUACUGGGAGUGAGUGAAACUGGGAGUGUGUGGUGAAGUACAUGAUUGUUGAAUGACUUCUGGAGAGGACUAUCUUUUUGUGGGAAUAGUUGGAGGAUGCUCCUGACAUUGAAGGCUCACCAGCUCCACAGGUACCCAGAUCUUUUUUUUAAAAAAAAAACAGGAAAUAGCAUUGCUUCUGUGAUAAACAGAUGUGAUACUCCUGCGUGCAACAAUCAUAGGGUUAAUUUUUUAAUCUUAGACAUUUGAAAAUGAGAAGCUGAAAAACUGCCUUAUUAUUGUAUGACUUGAGGGAGAUAAAACUUUUUUCCCAAAUAAUUUUUUGCUAAAUAAACAGAUUAUACAUAACUCA